GGGUCUAGAGCGCUCGGCCUCGCCCGCAGGGCCGGCUCGGGCUGAAGCCUGGCGGGAGCUGCUGCCGGAGCAGGAGCCGCAGCCGCAGCCCGAGCGGCUGGGAGCCGGAGCCGCCAAGAGCUGGAGCCGGGAGUCCGGGCUGAAGUACAGGCCCUGCCGCAGCCUAGCCGAGCCGAGCUCGCCGCCGGGCACCAGCUUGAGGGCGGGCGGGUUUGUCAGCCAGCCUCAGGGCCUGGGUGCACUGUCGGAGAGAGCGAGCUGAGACCACCAGGCACCACCGGGAGCGCGUGGCCGGAUUGCCCCUGCCAGGCCUGGCCCGGUCUGAACAAGCAUUAGGUCGCGGAGUCUGGACCAAAGAGAAAAAGGAACGAGGAUUCCAUCUAAUUGUGGAGUGGGCUUAAAAGCGGGAAGAAGAGUGGAGGCUUCAUCUGGGACUGGGCAGAGGUGCUGGCACCUUACUAGGCCAGGCUGGAGCACCAGAGAGCCUGGCAUACCAGCAGCUACGACCUGGGUUCUGCCCUGCCUGAGCCAAGAACACGGCAUAGCUCCUGGACCUUGGCUGGCACAGGCCUGGCACAAGAAGCUGCGCCUUCACCUGUCUGAGACUGGGCCCAGGAUCCGAGGAACUGGGAUCCGGCCUGGCCCACAGUGGGACUCUCUGGUGGCCCAGAGCUGGUCACUAGGGAGCUGUCUUUCUGUCCCAGACCCACUGGUACGGAUGUGUCGCUGCCCACUGGAGCACCAUGAUGGCAGGAUGACCUCAGCGGAGGCAGUGGCAGUGGCCAGUGGUGCUCGGGUGGCUGGGUCCCCCGAGUGGCCCCCCGACACCCCCCAGGCCCUUGGUCGGCCUGGCCGGGUCAGGGUGGCAGUGGCAGCGCUGGUGUGGCUACUGGCAGGAGCCAGCAUGUCGAGCCUCAACAAGUGGAUCUUCACUGUGCACGGCUUUGGGCGGCCCCUCCUGCUUUCAGCGCUGCACAUGCUGGCAGCGGCAUUGGCAUGCCGCAGGGGGGCACAGCGCCCCAUGCCCAGCCGCACCCGCCGCCAAGUGCUGCUGCUCAGCUUCACCUUCGGCACCUCCAUGGCCUGUGGCAAUGUGGGCCUGAGCGCUGUGCCCCUGGACCUGGCACAGCUGGCCACCACUACUACACCACUGAUCACAUUGGCCCUGUCAGCGCUGCUGCUCGGUCGACGCCACCACCCGCUACAAUUUGCUGCCAUGGGCCCACUCUGCCUGGGGGCUGCCUGCAGCCUGGCUGGUGAGCUCCGGACACCUCCCGCUGGCUGUGGCUUCCUGCUGGCUGCUACCUGCCUCCGCGGCCUCAAGUCCAUUCAGCAGAGUGAGUGCCUGGGUGCCCUGCUGCAGGAGGAGAGGCUGGACGCGGUGACCCUGCUGUAUGCCACCUCGCUGCCCAGCUUCUGCCUGCUGGCGGGUGCGGCCUUGGUGCUGGAGGCUGGUGUGGCAGCACCGCCUGCCCCCACUGACUCCCACCUCUGGGCCUGCAUCCUGCUCAGCUGUCUCCUGUCUGUGCUCUACAAUUUGGCCAGCUUCUCUCUGCUGGCUCUCACCUCUGCCCUCACUGUCCAUGUCCUGGGCAACCUCACUGUCGUGGGCAACCUCGUCCUGUCCCGGCUCCUGUUUGGCAGCCACCUCAGCACCCUCAGCUAUGUGGGCAUUGCACUCACCCUUUCAGGAAUGUUCCUUUACCACAACUGCGAGUUCGUGGCCUCCUGGGCUGUCCGCCGUGGCUUCUGGCAGAGGGACCAGACUGGCAAGGGUCUAUGACAUCUAGGGGAACAUGUGGGCUCCCUGGCACAGCCUGAAUCCAACCUUGGCCAGUGGCCAUGGGAAACAUGGAGAGCAGGCAGAUACUGGGGCCAUGGGAGAGAGAGGGGCCUUCUGGAAGGGCCACCUUGGAGGCUGGAAUGGGGACUCCUGGAGAGACCCACCUCCUGUCCCUGCCUGCCUCUCAUCACAGACCUCACUCACCACUGGAUGGUGGGUCCAGACCUGGCACAGUCACGUGCUUGUUGGACUGAUUGUUAGGAUUAGCAUCAACUACUACUCCAAAAAUUGCUGGCCAAACUUUGAAAACCUCACCACGUUCUGAUGACGACGAUGAUGAUUCUUGGCGAUUGCACAAUCCUUCCUCCAGGAAGUGGGGGAGGCAGCUAGGGGGCCCAGGGAAGGGCUUCUUUGUUGCUGGGAUCCCCUGGGGAUUGGGCUCAUCUAUGCCAAUUCCAGGCAGCUGCUGUAGCCUCACCACUGGGCCCCCCAAUUUUGGAUCUUCCAUCCUCAAAUAAACUAUUUUUGCUUGUA